GUCGUCGAUAUGCAGCUGGCAGCCGGGGACCGAGUGCUGGGGGCCGCGCUGGUCUCGAAGCCGCGCGGCGGGGCCGGCGGCGGCGGCGCGGCGGGCGGGGGACGGCGCGGGGUAGGAGUGCAGCUGCUGGUCCUCACGCGGACCGAGGUGGUGAGCUUCCAGCUGGCGUGA